AUGGAAGUGCACAUAAAGACACAUACGAAGCUUUUAAAAUGUAACUUGUGCGACUACUCGUGCCGUGAGAACAGAGCCUUCCGGAGACAUAUGGUGAAACACGGAGAGAAGCCUUUUGCCUGCAAAAUGUGCGAGUUCGCAUGUGAUACGUGGGAAGCCUUUAGAAGUCAUAAAACUGUGCACUCUGCUAGAAACAGUAAAAAGGAAUAUAAAUGUAGCGACUGCGAGUUUACGUGUAACCACCCGUAUGGACUGGUGUCCCACAGGCUAGUGCACAGUGAGGAGGUAUUUUAUGCAUGUAGUAUGUGCAGUUACAAAACUUUGCAUAAAGCAGCGUUGAGACGCCACGAGAUAAGACAUACUGAUAGUAAGCCUUUUAAGUGCAGUUAUUGUGAUUACUCCUGCUGGGAGGCGUAUUUGCUUCGACAGCACGAGAAACGUAAGCACAAAGAGGAGACAACGGAUACAGGUAAUGGAGGUUUAUGUGAAGAAACGGUGUUGAGCGUCGAAGCGCCGGUGUCGCCCAAACAAGAACAGCAAGAAAUUGAAGUGAAACUGGAAUUUGUAUGA